AAUGAUCCACAGCACCACAGCCCAGUCCACGGAUGGCCCUCGGCGACGGCGCCACCCCGGCCCCGGUGCCAAACCUCUCCAUCUCCGGCGCCGCCCUCGCCGCGCUCCUCCACCGCUGCGCCGCCGCCGCCGCCGACUGCGACGGCCUCCUCUUCGGCCGCGCCUCCCACCUCCCCGCGCCGCCGGCCUCCCUCUCCGACUACGACGACCUACCGCCCGCCCCCGCGCUCUCCAUCUCCGUCUCAGGCCACUGCUCCCUCUCCCACCCCUCCUCCCUCUCCGAUCCUCUCGGCCGCUUCCAGGCCCCCUCCUCGGAUCCCUCCUCCGCCGUUGGCUUCUUCUCCUCCCGCCGCCGAACCGCGCUCCGCCCCUCCAUGCGCGAGCUCGCCCUCGCCAACUCCCUCUCAAAGACCAUAGAAGGCCGCACCACCGCCCAUCCCCUCCUCUUCAUCCUCGUCUCCCCCUCCGCCUCCCCCAACUUCUCCACCCACUCCUACGACUACCGCACCUUCCUCCUCCUCGGAUCCCGCCUCGUCCCGGCCUCCAUCAGCGUCGUCAACGUCGGCCCCGGCUUCAGGGACCAGUACCACGCCUUCUACCCAGAAUCUCCAAUGCCCUGCCUGCCGAUUCCUCAGCCUUCGUCGCCAGAGCCCACAGGUCAACGUCACACUCACACCAAUGGUGAGCAGAAGGCGGUGGAUGAAAUGGUGGACGGGUUUGGGAUCGGGAGGCUGCAAGGGGUCCUGGGCUCUGCAGCAGGGCAGGCGGCGGAGAUGGAUGACAUGUAUGCUGGGAUGCUCAGGAAGUUGGAGAAGCUCGCCAGGGAGGUGGAGGAGAGCAACCUCCGUGUUCUCGAGCAGGAGAACCGGAACCUGCUGCUGAGGUAUAGAUACGCAGGAAUGCAAUAGGACCAAAGUGUUUUUGGUCUUAUCAAGGUAUGUAUACCAUGUUGAGGGAUUCUGCCAAACUUAUUUUUAGUAUGUCAUUCAGAUUUGUAAUGAGUUGAAAUGGCUCAUUAGUAGCUCCAAGUCGCACUCCAAUUUUGGUAAUGUGCCACGUAUGGUCUUGUGACUGACUGCUUUUGGUAUAAUAAUUAAAAAAAAACUCUGAAGAUAUCCAUACCAUAUUAUUUUUAUGGGAAAUUGGAGGAGCACUUCCCUUCAUAUUAGUACCUUGGAUAGGAAUCACAUAGAAACAUAGGCUAGUAGCAUAGGCUGUCACAAAGUGACAUUAAUCUACAAAUUGCUAGGACUGAUUUAUGCUACCGAGGAACAAGAAGCUAAGAAACAUGAAGCAUCAGCUAUGCUCUCUGAAAAAGCUUCUCUGUCUCUGCCCACGAAGCUCCCAUAGUUCAGUUGUGUGAUAUAGUUUUACUUUUGUGGUGUUAAUCCUCAUGCAGUUGUAAUUGUUCCUGUAUUCAUCACUGCUACAUGGUGUUUGAGCUAUAACUUGUUUGCAUCUUGUUGUCAUUAUGAUCAUCAUCAUGUGCUGAAUUGCUGAUGGCUGUUUCCAACUGGUUUCAUCUAAGGUGUAUGAUGUGAGUCGAAGUUGGGACUUGAUAGUGUGCAUUGGACUUUUGGCAUGUAUGGGUAGGGACUGGGGAGGGGGAGAGCAUGUGUUUGUGUGUGGAAGAAGGUGCCUGGGGAUGUGUUUUGCGUACGGUGGUGUGAUGGAUGUGAGGAGGUCGGUCAAGUUUGUUUGAUGCAUGAACGAUCAGCAUCAUAUAUCGGUCGUGUAAUGUAAAUGCAAUCCUUGUUGGAGUGGAACAGUCGUUGUUUGUUGGAAAGGAGAAGAGAUUUCGUUACUCGCUCCAUGUUAUGCUGUCAUGUAGUUGGUUGUUUUUUUUUCCCCUUCAUUUGAUUACCUGUCAGACAGAAGCUAGUAGAGCACAGUAGAGAGUUGAAUUAUCCGGAAUGAUAAGAUGCUGAUUGGAUGUC